AUGAACUUCUAUUAUGCUUUUAUCGUAUGCGUCACUUAUCUUACCCAAGUUUCACAAUGUGAGAGAUUACAUGGACAGAUCUAUUCAUCGAUUGAGGGAAGUGCUGCUUGUUUUAGAAGACUAAAUGGCACACAUCAAAUGGGAUGUUCAUCCUCAGACGGUGGUGCUGUGGGUAUAGUGCAGAUGAUAAAAGAUGUUGAAGAUGCACAAUGGAUAAUUAAAAACUCAUCUUCUGGCCCUUAUGUUGCUGUGGUCAGCACAUCUCUAUUUCAAAGUGUUAUUAAUCUGUUAAUUGAUGACCCUAGUAAUGUAGCGGGUGUAUUGCUGUAUGAUAAUGGUACUAUGAGGCCAAGUUCAUUUAGUCAAGAAUCGAAAUGUCCAAACGAAUAUUCAGCCGCUCCAGGUAGUACCUGCUCAUCAUCCGGCGAAACUGUUUGGAACACAAAAGGAACGGGUUUAUUAAGAAAAGAUAUACCAUUUCCGAUAUUUUUUGUGCCAGACUCAAAGACAGAUGAGAUUGAGAAAAUUGAGAAAUGUUAUAAUAGAUAUAAUUUAGAUAAGAGCAAUCAAGUUGGCGUACCGCUUUGCUCAGUGCAGUUGCAUUCGUUCAUGUAUGCCGCGGUCAAUACAGCUGUGUGUUUGCGACGGUCCGCAUCAUCAGCGUUUUUGACUCCAACGAAAGUUUGUGAUCCACUCGGCGAUUAUAAUGUUUAUUAUUCGUUGUUCCCAAGGGCACAGGAAAAUGAGACUGAGAGAAGACCAGUUACCUUCGUAACAGCCAGAAUUGAUUCGGCUUCAUUAUUCGAUGGUGUAUCACCGGGUACGGCCAGCUCCGUUGUCGGAAUGGUAACUUUAAUAUCGACAGCGGCAACACUGUCCAAAAUGAUACCAGUUGCAGAUGAAAAAUUAUAUGCUAAUAAUAUUCUGUGGACAUUAUUUAACGGUGAAUCUUUUGACUACAUCGGCUCCCAACGGGUCGCAUACGACAUAAGCAGGGGAUCAUGGCCCCCAGUCAAUCCUCUGUCCCUCUCUGACAUUAAGCUGCAUGUGGAGAUAGGACAGUUGGGUGGGUCCCUGGACUUAUACAAGGAUAAUGUGUCGUGGCCCUUGUAUGCCUUCACUGGAAAUGUGCUCGCGCAAGAGAUCAUCGAAUUCUUGAAUGACAUGACCCAAACUGGCAAUCUUACAGUUUCCCCAAUUUUGACAACCAAUUUGCCGCCAUCUUCGCUGCAUUCGUUUAAAAGGAUUUUGAACGUCACAGACAUGCCAGAAUUGUUGUUGGUGGACCAUAGAGAAACAUUCACGAAUAUGUAUUAUGAAUCUGCGCUGGAUGUGUCUGAUACCAUAGAUUAUGUUUACCAUAAUCUAACUGUUGGGAGUGGGGGAGAAUUUAUACCAACAUCGGAGCUAUUGUCCAAAGGCAAUAUGACAGAUAAGGAACCGCAAGUUAAAAUAUCGCGUAUUGCGAAUGCGCUCGCGCAGACCCUUUAUAAGAGAGUCACGGGGAAACCGUUUGUGGGUGUCGUUGAUACAUCAGCACAUAUGGUAGAUGAAAUGUUACAAUGCUUUUUGGAAACUUCGUCUUGUCGGUUGCUUCAAGCAGCGGAUUUUAUGAGUGCAGAUCAGAAUAAGGCAGAUGGCCCCGCCUCUUUGUACGUGGGCGUGGCCACGUGGGCGAGUACGCCGGCCGUAUACGCGGGACAUUUACUGGCGCUACUGACUGGAGUGCAUUUGGAUAAUAAUAAGACUGUGUGCGAUGAGCUCAGUGAACCUGGUUUCUCAUAUUAUUAUUUAAGAGGAUGGAACAAUACUGGUGUUUGCAUUCAAACUACGAUGAAUUUCAGCCAAGCUGUCAGCCCUGCUUUUAUAAAAACAGAUUAUGAUUUUACGUCUAACGAAUUCUCGACAUGGACGGAGUCAGUCUGGCAAACAAUGUGGGCGCGCGUGUUUGUCACGGCUGGUGGGAGUGGUGCCAAACUUGCGGGCAUAACUGGGGCAAUGGCCACGAUUAUCGCCGCAUUUAUCACAUAUUGGCUUUCCGUUAAUUCGGCUGUGGUUUUCGCCUCAUCAAUAGAUGCACCUAAUCCGUAA